GUGUCAAAAUACCUAAUGGCAGAUUAAUUAAUCAUCAAGUUUCAAAUACAGAAAAGUGACAAUGCUGGUUCAAUAAAAUAAUAUUUAGUGAUAAAAAUAUACAUUCAUACAAAGUACAUUUAGUAUAGUGGUUCAUACAAGAGAUUACUCUUCAGAAAUUAUAAUUCGAAAAUAAAAUAUUGGAUGAUUACUUGCCCUGUUGCUCAUCAUGAAUAUAAUUGUUUGGUAGACUUCAACAAACUACUACUAAAAUGGAUCGUUAAAGAGUAUUGGGCUACGACGACUAAAACAAAGUGGGCUUAGAGUUGAAGAAAGUGAGGCCCAUAUUGGUCGUUACAUGAUAUCUUAAACUCGCCACGUGUCAGUCAACUUAGCCACUGAGAAUUCUCCAGAUUAUGUGAGUCCAUCUGACAAGUCUACGGUCUGAAUAAAAGAACUGUCGGAAAAUUAACAAAGAACAGAGAGACAAAAAAAAUAUGAUAAGCCUUAGAUUUCAACCAAGCACCGCCGGUGUUCUAUCGGCGCCGGUCGGCCGCGCAGGGCUUAUCAAGGGAUUCGGUUUGACCAAACCGAGAAGAACCGUCCGGUUAGGAACAGUGGCUAUGGCGGCUGCUCCUCUCGAAAUCUGCGUCAAAGCUUCCAUCACCACACCCAACAAGCUCGGAGACUGCCCUUUUUGCCAAAGGGUGUUGCUGACCAUGGAGGAGAAGCAUGUACCUUAUGACAUGAAAAUGGUGGAUUUGAGUAACAAGCCAGAGUGGUUCUUGAAAAUUAAUGCAGAAGGAAAAGUCCCGGUGGUGAAGUUUGAUGAGAAAUGGGUUCCGGAUUCUGAUGUCAUAACACAUGCUUUGGAAGACAAGUACCCUGAGCCUCCUCUAGCAACCCCACCCGAAAAGGCUUCAGUUGGGUCGAAGAUCUUCUCCACGUUUAUCGGUUUUCUGAAGAGCAAAGAUCCAAAAGAUGGAACUGAGCAAGUUUUACUGGAUGAGCUUAGUACAUUCAACGAUUAUCUCAAAGAAAAUGGACCUUACAUAAACGGAGAGAAGAUCUCAGCAGCGGAUUUGUCCUUGGCACCAAAGUUAUACCACAUGAAGAUUGCACUUGGACAUUUCAAGAACUGGUCUGUUCCAGAUUCACUUCCUUUCCUUAAAUCCUACAUGGAGAAUGUGUUCUCGAGGGAAUCAUUCAAGAAUACAGAGGCGCAAACAGAGGAUGUGAUUGCUGGUUGGAGACCAAAGGUGAUGGGCUAAAGAGCAAAAGGUUUAGAUGUUGGCCUCAUCGCUCAAGUCAAGGCAUCGAUCAUCUUUUCUCUUGCUUUCUUUUAGUACAAUGUAAAAACAUAAUAAUAAUCAAAUCUUCUUCAAAUGUUGUUAACAAUAUAAGUAUGUGCCGAGGCAGAGCAAUUAACACAGACUAUACAGUGAAUGAAAACUAUAUUGAAACUGUGCUA